AUGCUUCUUAGUAGUGGACUACCUGAGAAUUUGUGGGGGGAAGCAAUGUUAACUGCUUGUUUCAUACUUAAUAGGAUAACUUUGAAGGAUAAUGAGAAAACUCCUUAUGAGUUAUGGAAAGGAAGAUCACCUAAUCUUAGAAUCCUAAAAGUGUGGGGGUGUUUAGCUAAGGUACUCAUACCCGAUCCUAAGAGAAAGAAAAUAGGUUCUAAGACUAUAGACGCAGUUUUCCUCGGUUAUGCGAAAAAUAGUAGUGCCAAUAGAUUCCUGGUGAUUAACUCUGAAGUAAAGGAGGUUGCAAACAACACAGUUAUGGAAGCAAGAGAUGCUACAUUCUUUGAAGAUAUUUUCCCGUACAAGACAAGAAUUUCUAAGGAAGUACAAAUAAGAGAGAAGUCUUCUAGCUCAACUACGAUCGAAAAUUUAGAAUCUCAAGAACUUAGAAGAAGCAAAAGAGCGAGAGUUGAGAAGAACUUUGGAGAUGAUUUUUAUACCUUUCUAGUAGAAGGAGAUCCCACAACUUAUAAGGAAGCCAUUAUGUCUGUAGAUGCACCAUUCUGGAAAGAGGCUAUAAAUGAUGAGUUUCAAUCUAUAAUUCAAAUAACACAUGGAUGUUAA